CGUUUUCCCAUUCGAUGGACAUUAGUUGACGUCUGACCCUCUCGAUCGCUGCUGGUGUUUGGUGCUUGGUUAUCCAUUUAGUCCCUGCGAUAUUCUUUUUUCCAAUUCGUAAAGAAAUGACGACGAAUAUGCAGAUCGCGUUGUUCGUUGUGACAGUUUUCAUGUUCCUGGCAUCGUCGUCCGUUGGGGCGACACUUAUAGCGGCCGAUCAACCGACGUUUGAUCCGACCGUGGCAAUUUCAAAUUUCAAUCAGUUCAAAACUAACAUCGACAAGGCGCAAGAAUUCCUGAUCCUAAUCUACAAAGGGGCCUUUGGAGGCAUUUCGGCCUUUUGGUUCGCUUAUUCCUUCUGGAUGGUCCUCUCCGUCUUCUACUACACGUUCGGCGUGAGUUAUUUAAAUUCCAGAGACGAGGCGGAAGCUGAAUUUAAGGAGCACGACGUCCAAAGAGCCCUCCAGGUUUCAAAAAUUGAUGUGAAUGACAUAUUUCAAAAAUUAAGAACCAUUCAUGAUAAGGCAACUAGCAAGGUUGGUGAUAGUUGCUAUCAACGAGGCCUGUGCGAAAUGAGAAGCUACUUUUCGACGACCAAAUUCUACAAGUGGAUCCCACGAUGGAUACGAAGGAUGUUGCGUCUGGAACCGCAAAGUCGCGAAGCGGGCAGCUGUAGCCAGAUUUAUUACCAAUGCACCGUGACAAAAUUGCUGGCCAGCCUCAUCCAAUGAAAUUCUUUCCGGAAUCCCGGGCGGAACGAAAAUGUGAAUCCUGUUCGUUCCAAUAAUUUAUUAUUCCCAUUUUGAAUCUACGUUAUAUUUAUUAAUUCAUCCCUUUCUGUACAAAGAAUGAAGUUCUCCUUUAUAUUCAUGUAAUUAGCCAGAAUAAAAUAAACCCGUCCUUGGCGUA